AUGGCAACAAUAACCAGGCAAGACAGCAAACAUACUCAAACAGGGCGCAAUCACCGGGCGAUCGAGGACCAAGCGGAGGCAGGCAGAGCCGAACUCAAGGCUAUAAAGGCAAUCGCUGGGACGGCGGCUACAACGACAAGAGUCACGACCGCAGUAGAGACCGCGAGGACAGAGGGAACGAACGAGGGGACACACGAGGAGAGUGGCGCGGUAGCGGGAAAGGCAAAGGCCGAAAUAACCAGUAAGGCCCAGUUCGUUGAUACCAUCAUCGUCUGGCGGGCUUGGUCGUCCCCUCAUUAA